AACCUUUCCACUUUAAAAACGUGGGCUUACGUGCGCGCUACCUAACAAACCGAACGCAUUUCUUUCGAGAAGCAAGAUGCCUCCGCGCGCCCUCGCAUAUCAGUCUUUUCCAUUGUUGUAAAAAUGUCAGCCAAGGACGGCAGCUACGAGGUGUAGGAGGAGCUAGCGGCGUGUUUCCGCUAAAGAACAGGCCAAGGCGGUGAUCUAUGCAGCCCUACUGUUAGCAGCCGGACAGUUGGGAGCUAACACAGGAAAUUGCUUAACUACGCUUUACUACGGCUUUAUCAGCGGAGGAGCCGCAGUUUUUAACUUCUGGGUUUGGGAACAAGAAGGUGCGGAAGCUGGACCGUAUAAACGAUGGAAGCCGAGUUCUGGGAAAUCGACGAAACUGGGAAUUGGAACUCCGUUUAUGAGGAGAUUCGCCAGCAGUCUUGUGAAUCACCCUGUAAGGUUGCCAAAUUUCCCGAAAACAAGAAUCGGAACCGUUACCGGGACGUCAGCCCCUUUGACCACAGCAGGAUAUGUCUGCAGCUUGGUUCAAAUGACUACAUUAAUGCCAGCCUUAUAACUGCAGAAGAGGCGCAGAGAAAAUAUAUUCUUACUCAGGGACCCCUUCCAAGUACAUGCGGUCAUUUCUGGGAGAUGGUGUGGGAGCAGCGGACCCGCGGUGUGGUGAUGCUGAACCGGGUCGUAGAGAAAGGCUCUAUUAAAUGUGCCCAAUAUUGGCCACACAAAGAGGAGAAAGACGCCAUCUUUGAAGAUACCAACUUCAAGGUCACUCUCGUCUCGGAGGACAUCAAGUCGUAUUACACGGUCCGUCAGCUGGAGCUGGAAAAUCUAUCUACUCAGGAGACCCGUGAAAUUUUACAUUUUCACUACACCACCUGGCCUGACUUUGGGGUGCCAGAGUCUCCCGCAUCCUUCCUCAACUUCCUCUUCAAGGUGCGAGAGUCGGGCUGUCUGAAUUCAGAGCACGGGCCUGUGGUGGUGCACUGCAGUGCCGGGAUUGGUCGUUCUGGGACCUUUUGUCUGGUGGACACCUGCCUUCUCUUGAUGUCGCUCCGCAAAGACCCGUCUUCAGUACGAAUUCGUGACGUGCUGCUGGAGAUGCGGCGUUACCGAAUGGGUUUGAUUCAAACUGCAGAUCAGCUUCGCUUCUCCUACCUGGCCGUCAUUGAAGGUGCCAAGUACAUCAAAGGAGACACGUCUCUCCAGGAGUCAUGGAAAGAGCUCUCUAAAGAGGAAGACGAUCCUCCAGAGUUCACCCCGCCCCCUCCUGUUCCUCCUCCCAGGGACCCUCACAACGGCAGGAUGCAGCCAACUUUUUUCCCAGAUAAUGUAGACGUCAUCCGUUGUGUGGAAAUUCCCAAACAGGGGUCUUCACACGACACAGAGCUGCGAAAAAGAAACCUAGCUGCUCCGGAGCGUCCUCCUGAAGGAGGGGAUCUGCCACACGGGCAUGUGGGAGUGCAGGAUCUGACCUCAGGCACUCUGAACAAAUCCCAGCAUCAAGAGGCGACGGAGGAGAAGUCUGAGGGAGCGGAGCAGCCAAAGGGGGGCUGUCCUGCGCCGGGGCUUUGGCCCCCUCUUACAGCCCACGUGUGCCUGUGCACGGCGCUGGCUCUCAGUGCUUAUGUCUGCUAUCGCGUCUAUUUCCACUGAUGUCUGUCCUUCCUCCUUCCUUUCUUUUUUUUUUUUUUUCUGGAUAUCUAUGAUGUCGCAAAGCGCACGUGGCUGGCAGGUCGACCUGCUUCGACUCUGAGGGUCGGUCGGUGAUGCUUUGGCGCUCGGCUGAUUCAGGUUCACCUGUGAUAACGCUGUAAAUGGUCAGCUGCCUCUUUACCCAAACUUUCUUUGUGUUUAUGCCAUCUCCAAACGCUCAGGGCCUUGGGUUCUUUUUUUUUUUGUCUUUUCUCUAAGGUGCCACAUCCCAAACACGUGCGCGCCGACCCAAACAGACUCACCAUAAAACAUACGUUGCUCUGCUGAGGUGAAAGGGUUUGCACUGGGACUGCUGGCCUGAACACCUGGGACCAGUGACCUCUGACCUCUGCCUAAUUUACAUGCAUCUUCUUUCUUAUUUACCAAAAUGACACCUUUGAAUGUUGUUCCAUUUUUUUUUUUAUCCUAAACUCGAUUAAUUGAGCAGACUGAUGAUGAUGUUUUGAUUAAGCUGGACUGAAAAACACGUCACUAAAAAAGAAGCUUUGUUUAAACAAAGUUCUGAAGACUACAAAGAAUCCAGUUUGCUCCCAGUAGAUAAAUGAAAGUGUGGGUUUCCAACGAUAUCUACACACUAGUUGUCUCUGCUAGGCAGGUUUAGUGUGCUCUUUUUAUUUUCUUGAACCGUUGACGCAACAUUUACCGUAAGUUUAACGGGAUGCUGACUGGUAGCUCCUUGUUAAUGCCUGAAGCAGCGGCAGGGGUACGGCGACGUGUCUCCUCUAGGAUCGGCUUUAUCCUGCGAUGGAAGACGACACAGCUUUAGAUGCUUUACAGUAGAUUUUAUACCCAUACCUGGGGAUAUUCAAUAUGGUAAACGAGUAAAAAGUUCAGAGAGCAAAGUAGCACUCACCCAACUGUUUUCCAGCAAUAAUAAAAAUAAUAACUCAGUUGUGUAAUGUCCUUUACACGUGCAUCUCUUAGAUAAAAUAUCAAAAUGUUCACUUCGGUUAAUGGAUUCAUAAAGCGAAGUAAUAUGGAUUCCUCACACACAGCGAUAUUUUCCAACUGUUCCUUCCUAGUUAUUUUUAUACCAUUAUAGCUUACAGACCAAUAAAAAAGGAAAAAUUUAGAUAAUCAGAUUACAAAGAGACUAAAGAUGAUUUUAAGAAUAGAAAUGAAAAAAGCUUUUCAUGUUGGAGCCCAACGCCUGUUUCUGCCUGUGUGCCGUGGCUCUUAAAGCUCCUGCAGCGGCAGUCAUUAAUUAUUAAUUAAACUGUAUUGACCUCAAAUUGGAGAAAUGUACCUCUAGAUGUAACCCUCCCUCUUUAGGAGCAGCGGGCGGCCAUCCUGGGGCAAAGCUGCACCUUUUUCUACCACAGUUUAUCCUUUCACCUAACUUUCCCUCCAUAAAUACACUGUUUUGGGGCUAACCAGUAACUUUACAAGACAGCAAAUAUUCCUUUGUGUAGUCCUUACUUAACACUUCUGUGUUAAAAAUCCUUUUUUUAAUUUGUCUAAUAUAAUAUUCUGAGAAUUUUGAGUCAUUAACUCCAAAGUCAUACUCCCCAGAAGACAACAGAAGGGGAUAUUUGGGAAAUAUCGUUCUGUGUGCAAUGAAUCAGUAUAGUUUCACUUUGUGAGAUGAAUCACUGAAAUGAUUGAACUUUGCAUUGAUAUUCUAAUUUAUUGAGAGGUGCGUGUGGGUCUCUGAGGUAGAGUGUGGGACCAGGGAUUAUUGAAACUAACCAAAAAAAAUCAAAUAAACCAAACACCAGCACAGGGAUGAAAACGAUGCACUGUUCUGAUUAGUCGUUGUGUCAUGGUGUGAGCCUGAGCUGGCCGUGUUCUUCUGUAUGAUUGGUGUUUUUUUUUGUGUAAAGCAUGCUGCGUUUGUGACUCGACAGGUUUGUCCAAAUAAGAGAUUAGUUAAGCUGCUACCCUUCGUUUUGGGACGAAACAGAGUUCAACACUUUGUCUGACAGCUGUACCUUUCUUUAGAAUGUAUGAACGUCGUCUCCACAGGACGCAUCCUUAUUAAAUUUAUACAUAAGUAUAUAUAUAUAUAAAUAUAUAUAUAUAUAUAUAUAUUUCAGAUCAGGUUUUAGUGUGCCGAGUUCUUUUUCUGCUUUAACAGAUUAAACCUCAGCACUUGUGCAGUAAAUGCACCAUGUUUUCCCAUUUUCUAUACGUAUGCUGAGCUUAGAAGCGUAUUUUUUUAUUU